UGGCUUCAAUAGUAUACCAAAAUUAUCAGUAAGGUUCAUUGGACCUAUGUAAUUUCGUUGUACGUUGAGCCGCGUUAUGUGCGAGCACGCGAUUUAAGUUGGCCAGGUUAGCAGGAUUUCAUGUGCUAUUGUGUUAGACGAUGAGUAAACAGUCAUCAACGUAUACCCUCCCCCCAAAAGAGCUUUCGAUUUUUAAAAGGGUUGUUAAAUAUUAUGACCAAAAACAAUAUAAGAAUGGGUUAAAGUAUGCCAAACAGAUACUAAGCAACCCAAAGUUUAGUGAACAUGGAGAAACAUUGGCUAUGAAGGGUAUCUUGUUAAAUUGUCUUGGGAAAAAGGAUGAAGCAAGAGAAUAUGUAAAGCGUGGUCUGAAGGCUAACAUAACGAGUUUUGUUUGCUGGCAUAUCUAUGGACUGAUUCACAAAUCCGACCACAAGUACGAAGAGGCGAUAAAAUGUUACCUCCAAGCCCUAAGGCUGGAUAAUGAUAAUUUACAAGUACUCAGAGAUCUAUCAGUUCUGCAGAUGCAAUUAAGGGACUAUGAAGGCUGCAAGGAUAUCCGUUACAAAUUAUUGUUGUUGCGGCCUAGUCAAAAGGCCUCUUGGAUAGGAUAUGCCUUAAUUCAUCACUUACUGGGAAACUACGAAACCGCACUUACAAUUAUCAACGAAUUCAGGAAAGGUCAGAGCGAAAUACCACCUUUCGAUUACGAACACAGUGAAUUGCUGCUUUAUCAAGCAAUGGUAAUGCUAGAAGCCGGAAAGGAAGAGGCCGCCUUAGAACAUCUAGAAAGCAGCAGCAAUCAGAUAGUUGACAAGAUAUCAUUGUUGGAGAUGAAAACUGAAAUUUUACUGAAACUCGGUCGAUAUCAAGAGGCGGCUGAUUGUUCGUGGGAACUGAUUGGUCGGAAUCAAGAAAGUCAAACUUAUUGCGAACUGUUAUCUCGUGCCAAUACUGCAUUAGCCACUGGCAACACAGAGGAAAACUCCGAGUUGACCAAAAAAACUUAUGAAGCUAUCAUUUCCCGUUAUCCACAGUCCCGUCUGUCCAGGCGGUUGAUUUUAAAUUAUUGUUCAGGAGAUGAGUUUCUUCAAAGAUUGGAUUCUUACCUGAAGCCGUACAUAAGAAAGGGUGUUCCUCCACUAUUUAUUCAACUUGUGGGGCUUUUAUAUGACUCUGAAAAGUUAGCAAUGUUUGAGAGUCUUUUGGAAAAGUAUCGAAAAAACUUAUAUCUUACUGGCUCUCUGGACUUCGAAGAAGAAUGUAGCUUCAAGGAUGCUCCUACUACAGAAAUUUGGCUCACUUACUUGUUAGCCCAGUAUUACAAUUUCAAUAAAAAAUAUCAGGAAGCUAUUGACCUCAUUGAUGCUCAGUUAUUAUCUACGCCUACUCUGGUCGACUUUUAUGUCCUAAAAGCUGAUGUCUUUCAUGAUGCCGGAGACUACAUAACAGCCAGUCGAUGGAUGGAAGAGGCUCAGUCGCUUGAUACAGCUGAUCGUUUUAUUAAUGCUCGCUGUACAAAAUUCAUGGUUGAAGCUCAUCGCCUAGAAGAUGCUACAAAUAUGGCAUCUAAAUUUACGAGGGGUAACACAUCGGCGAAGGAAUAUUUAUCUGAGAUGCAGUGUAUGUGGUUUUUACUUGACAAUGCGAAGGCGCUCAAAGAAAUGGGUAAACUUGGUGAGGCACUUAAAUUGUGUCACGAGGUGCAACAGCAUUAUAGAAAUAUUCUCGAUGAUCAACUGGACUUCCACUCCUACUGCCUACGAAAGGUCACUCUGCGAGCAUAUGUUGAAACAUUACGCUUGGAAGACCGUUUACGAGAUCACCAAUCUUAUUUUGAUACUACCCAACUUGCAGUCGAAAUUUAUUUGCAGUUGUAUGCUCAACCAUUAGGGAGUAAUGAUGAAUCCCCACAUGGUGAAAAUGAUGGUAUGACGUCAUCUGAGGCUAAAAAAUUACGAAAUAAACAACGUAAAGCUGCUAAACGUGCAGAAGCAGAAGCUGCUCGUGCUCGAGCUGAACAAGAGCGUCGGGAGCAGGCGGCUCGAUCAAGGCAACCUGCAUCUGAAGAAGCGAAUCCAGAGAAUCAAUCAGCAGUAGAAAACGAUUUAGAUGCAAAUCUUCUAGCCAGACCUGAGGAUCCUUUGGAGGAGGCCUGCAAGUUUCUUCUUCCGUUAUUGGAAUUGUCACCCAAAAUCAUUGAAGCUUAUUGUCUAGCUUUUGAAGUUUACGAAAGAAAGCGAAAAUUUUUGCUCAUGCUAAAGUGGAUCUCUCGAGGUCUUCAAUUAAAUAACUCUCGUGAUAACCCAUGGUUUCAUGAGUGCUGUGUAAGAUUUCUAUUGCAGUUACUCAAUCGGAGCAAAUCAGAUGAUGUAGUUGGUAGAGUACUGUCAACUGAAGUACCUAAAUUAUUCAAUGAGUGGCCAGAUGAUAUUUCAUUUGUUAAGAAUUAUAAUGAAAAGUUUUAUGAACGUAAUCUUAAUCAGUACUCCCAUGUAUUUAGAUAUACUAUAGUUCAGUGUUUGAUCGACCCUCAAAAUAGAAACAGUUAUCUUGCUGCUAUCCCACUACCGAACGAUAAAUUUCAGGGUGUAACCUGGCAGGCAUGCAGUAGUUGCUUGGAUAUUCUACGAAGAGGUCAGUGGACAUCUUUAGGUCGCUGCGAUCCUUCUGUCAUCGAAAGAUAUCGAGUAGCUUGUGCAGAGUAUUUCCCUAUGGCAAAUGCAUUCCUGACAACUGCACAAAUCGAAGCAUUACGUGAACAAAUGAUUGAGGCAGCUAAUUCAUCCGCUAUAUGUGGUGUGUUCACACUAUCAAAUGAUAAGGAUCAGCAACUAGAUGUCAGUGAGGAACCGGAAAAUAAAGUAUCAAAUAAAUUGUCUACAUUGACUAUUGAUUCAAAACACAUGGUUAAUGGGGAUCUGAAGGACUCGGCCAAAUGUAUUCCAAAUUCUUGUAAAGAAGUUCCAAUUACAAAUAAGACAGCUGAUGUUGUUGUUUAACUUUUACUAGGCAUACCUUAUUAAAUUCCCCUCUCCAAUAUAUAUAUAUAUAUAUAUAUGCAGAAGUUUGUGAGCACCAACCUUAUUGUAUUUCCAUUGCGCUGUAGUCUGUUUGUGUGCAGAACACUGUAGAAUAAUCAGUCUGAAAAGUUUACUUUCUUAUUAACUAAUCUGCAUGAUACUUUAUCCCAAUAUUUUGGUUGAUUACGGUUACUAGUAGUUACUCUUUCACAUGUGCAUAAAUACUAUCAAUUAAAGGGAUUCUUUUUAUAUAUUUUACAAAAAUUUGUGUAAAACAAACACUAAACCUCUUGUAUAUGCACAGAUUGUAUGCCUCCAAUUUUUUUCAGAAGAACUUGUUGAUAAUUGUGAUCAUUGAUGUGGUUGUUUAUUUCACAAUACAAUCCUUAGCUAUUUUGAAUGCCUUUUUCUUAAAUGUCUCUGCUGAGAGUAAUUAGUAAGCCCUACACAUUUAUUUAUAAUGCGACUUCAGGCUUGUGUUCUUUAUUCGCUUGCCUUUACGAGAUAAAUGUUAUUUCUCAUGCCACACUUUGUUAAAUUAUAAUUGGUACUUACAUGUUUUUGCCUUUCGCGUCUACUUUCAUCGUAUAGUACCAUGUUUUCAAUCCCUUAGAAGUUUACUGUGUG